UAACUGCCGUAAAUAGGACGGCCGGUGUCGUACAUUUUGCCGAAUCACCAUGGCGUCCGUAUUGAGAGAGACGGCUGGGCUGUACGAGACUUUGAAAAGCGAAUGGAAUAAGAAAAAUCCUAAUUUGAGUAAAUGUGGGGAUAUCCUGACUAAACUUAAGAUUUCGCUUCUGGAAUUAAAUUUCUUGCCAACGACGGGGACCAAGCUCACGAAACAGCAGCUAAUUUUGGCCCGUGACGUGCUGGAGAUUGGAGCGCUGUGGAGCAUCCUCAAAAAAGACAUCCCUUCUUUUGAGAGAUACAUGGCCCAGCUGAAAUGCUACUACUUUGACUACAAAAACGAACUGCCGGAGUCGGCCUACAUGCACCAGCUGCUGGGCCUGAACCUGCUGUUCCUGCUCUCUCAGAACCGGGUGUCCGAGUUCCACACAGAGCUGGAGAGGCUGAGCGCCAAGGACAUCCAGACCAACGUCUACAUCAGGCACCCGGUCUCCCUGGAGCAGUACUUGAUGGAAGGCAGCUACAACAAGGUUUUUCUUGCCAAAGGAAACAUCCCUGCUGAAAGCUACACCUUCUUCAUAGACAUCCUGCUGGACACAAUCCGGGAUGAGAUAGCUGGCUGCAUAGAGAAGGCAUACGAGCAGAUCCACUUCAACGAGGCCACACGCAUUCUCUUCUUCUCCACCUCCAAGAAGAUGACAGAGUACGCCAAGAAGAGGGGCUGGACCCAGAGCGCCAGCGGCUACUACUCCUUCAGCCCCCAGCAGCAGCGGACGGAGGAAGUGUCCAUCCCCUCCACGGAGCUGGCCCAGCAGGUCAUCGAGUACGCUCGGCAGCUGGAGAUGAUUGUGUAGUUUACACACACACACACACACACGAGCGCGCGCACAUACACAUACGCAUACACACGCACACACACAGACAGAUACUCCCAUGGGCGAAGGUGGACUUUUCAACUGAAGCACGCUGACAGACGCGUAGGCCCUCGUGCGGAACGUCCACAGAUGCACCGCUACCCGUGCUGAUCGAACGCAAACUUUUUGUUUUCCCUUCGGUCGAGAGUGCGUUUGUGUCCGCUCUUGAAUCUACCGGUCUUUCGAUAUGAUUUUGUGUUUGUGCAACAUGGUUUAAAAAAAAAAAAAAGUCCCGCAUAAGAAACCGUUAUCCUGUCCAGAAAUGCUCGUUAGGGAAACUGUUGGAAUGGUAUUUUGUAGUACAUCGAACAAAGACCCGUCACAAUAAAGCAAUAUGCGAUUUUGGUAUGAUAAGGGAGAUGGCCAAAUUAAUGUGCUUAAAAUGAAUGCUAAAGUCUGUAGUCUGAUUCUGAUUGGCCACAGGUGCAGUCCAAAUCAGUGGAACGAUGAUGUCAUCAGGGCCAUUUGUCCUUCCAAUUGUAAUUUUGAUACAGUUCAGCCAACCGUGAUGUAUGUAAUUCCACUUUAUCCUCAGAAUAGUGUGCUGUCCACAGGAUGGCUCGCCUCCGGCCCCCCUUGCCUUGUAUCCGAGCAACAGUAAAUCGCUGUAUGUUUUGAGGCUUUUUUUUAUUUCAUCACCUUUUUCCUAGGCUAUACUCCCGUAGGUUUGGUAAUAAAAAUGUUUAUUUCUACGAUGCUCUCACACAACUGUAUUAUAAUACAAAAUAAACCUUUUUUUUCUUCUUGUACAA